ACACCAUUUCAUUUUUGGUUUCCCUUCGAUUGCUUGUUGGUUGUGUUCUGAACCAGAAUGUCUGGACGCGGCAAACAGGGAGGCAAGGCUCGGGCCAAGGCCAAGACUCGCUCUUCCCGAGCCGGUCUUCAGUUCCCAGUGGGUCGUGUGCAUCGGCUGCUACGCAAAGGUAACUACUCCGAGCGGGUGGGCGCCGGGGCGCCGGUCUACCUGGCUGCUGUGCUGGAGUACCUGACGGCCGAGAUCCUGGAGCUGGCUGGCAACGCGGCCCGUGACAACAAGAAGACGCGUAUCAUCCCUCGCCACCUGCAGCUGGCCAUCCGCAACGAUGAGGAGCUCAACAAGCUGCUGGGCCGUGUGACCAUCGCUCAGGGCGGUGUCCUGCCCAACAUCCAGGCGGUGCUGCUGCCCAAGAAGACCGAGAGCCAUCAUAAGGCGAAGGGAAAGUGAGAAGCUUACAAUUUUUGCAGUACUCCUUAUUCUCCGAAAUCAAAGGCUCUUUUCAGAGCCACCCACUAAUUCCUUUAAAAGUGCUGGAAUACGUUAAGCCUGAAUGUUUAAGCUUCAUUUUUCAUUUUACUGUAUCUUUUUGAAGGUACAGUUAAUAGAUCCCAACACUCGAGGAAAGUGCUCGUUUUUGACCCUGCAACAGUGCAUUGCGCUCAAUUACAUUUUAUGAUUCAAACAUUAAUAAAAGUAAGAGGAGAAAUUCAGUUCCUGGUACCCCAAUUCCUAUAGAGAAGUGUCAUGCAUUAUUGUUACAAAAGAAAUAUAAGAACGAGAACAAAGAGAAAAGCUACCCAAUCACUUUGCAGGGCGGGCUUUUUGAAUCAAGAAGAAGGCGCCAAGUCCCUAGACUGCCUACAUCAUAGGUUUUAUCCAGGACACAAAUGUGCAUGGUAUCCCAUCCAAGAGGGCACUUUCAUACCAAGAACAUCUAGUGUGCUUGCUGCAUCUGAUGUCAGGAUAAUUCAAGUAUAUUAUUUCCCCAGAACUGAAAAAAAAAAAAAAAAAAGUUCUUCAGAGGGAUCAUUCCGUUUUGACAAUGAAAACUGUUGUAACACUUUUGCCUUUUUUUUGGGGGGGGGGAGGAGGAUAGAAUGCAUGAAGGUUUACAAAUUUAAAUGAUAAGUAUACACAUGGGUUUUCUAGCUGGACCCCUGUAUGUGAGUUCACAAUGUGAUGGUGUGCAAUAUAUUUAGGAAAUUCCUUUUUUUUUUUUUUUUUUUGAAGAUUUUCUUUCAAACUAGACGGCUGGAUUUGUAGCUGAAGGCUCAGUCAUUUGUGGAGUGGUUUCUAUUCUAAGUGUUAAUUAUUAAGAGUGGUUAAAGCCAGAAUUAGACAGUCAGUAGAAAUAGGUAAAUCGAGUCAGGUUGGAUCAAGAAGGCCAAUUUUGAGUGAGUCUGGUAAAUUGAAAACAGUCCUCUGAGGGAUUGAAAUGUUCAUUCCUUUGAGCCCUUCUUCCACCCUUAUCUAGAACCUGCCCGUUUCAACCUGUUGCUAAGGUAAUCCUGGGAAAUGUCCCUCCUUACAGGGAGCAAUAAAGUUGUUAAUUAAUGUGUCCUGGGCUACACCUUCUGGGCCUUCCCUUUUCCGCACACCUGUUUCCCACCUCUUGACCAUCCCACCAAGCAUUCCCGGAGGUAGUCACCUACACAGGAAGGAGACAGAUAAGCUGAAGAGAGCCAGAGAAGAAAGGAAUCCUAGGACAUAUAAGAAGGGCAGAACGCCUGGCUUCUUCUCCCUUCCAAGAGAAGUCUGUCACUCCUUAAAUAAACCUGGCUUUCUAUGCUCGCCUCAGGGUGCUUCUCUAAUGUUCACACUUCAACAGGUGAGGAAGCAGAACUCAUCACCAAUAACCAGUGAUAUCAAGAUUGCUAUUGCUGACAAGAAGGCAUUCCACCUGACAUCUUUAUAUACAAUGCAAAAUGUGUGUGUGUGUGUGUAACAUGUGCGAUCACCAUGAUCAUUGUGGUCAAAAUCCGUGAAAAUCAGAUGAAAGGAAUUCUUGAUAGUCCUAGAAACUUCGGAAUAUGCCACAGAAACCUAAAAAUCAAGUACUUGCUGUUUUUCAUAACCAAAAAAAAAAAA